AUUGUCCAUGUUUGAUCGCCAAACAACUUUGUUGCUUUUGCAGCUAUUUCUGCUGCUCAAUGGUUGCGCUUCUGACCCGCAAAGUGAACCUUGCGGGGAGAAUGAGGAGCGAGCCUGUUUGCCGUGCACCGAGCCUAGAUGUUCAUAUCCGUACAUCAAUGAACCGCUCUGCGUUUUCCUCAAGAGAUGCAAACUGGGAUGUGGCUGCAAGUUCGGAUACAUCCGGCACGAUAUCGACAACCGAUGUGUGCCUGCCAUAGGGUGUAAACGGUUAAGGCCAAUUCCGCAACUGCCAAUUCCAUUUCAGCAAAGUGUCGUUCUCAGGAAUUUUAAUAUAAGUAAAAGUAAUACAACAAAUUAAGGUAAAAUAGUAUUGCAGCCUGUGUUUUGCUUCAUCAGAGAGUGGCAUGUUAUAAUUUGCUAACUUAAUAAUUAUUUGUCGAGUGUAAUAUUCUUAUUAACGCCCUAUGAAUAUCUGCAAGGAAUAAGCGAUGGAUUGUAAAUAACUUGAGUAAAAAUGAUUCCAAGUUUCCAUGGGACUUAAAUUUA